CCUCCUACCGAUCUCCAAGCUGCUCGUCUUCUUCUUACUCACUUGGGCUACUUACAGAUCAACACUUUCAAUUUAUCUAGUCUGCUUGAACAAUCAAUGCCAGGGCCCGCGAGUGACUUAGUUCUCGGUGGGCCUGAGGCCGGGCAGCCGAAUAAACGAUCUUCACAGCUAAUCUCGACCUACGAUGACAAUGAAGCCAGCUAUACUGGUCAAGCAUUGUCUAAUUCAAUUUCAUCGAAUGCUACUGGUGGCCUCGGAGGCCCAUCCUCUGGAAGUGUCGCGACCCGUCUGCUUCGCCGCCCCACGGGUUUGGUACCUCUGGAGCCCUCUACACCAGGAUUUAUUGAUCAACUUUCUUUGCUCGAUAAAUUAGCGACUCGACACACAAAUAGCCUUAUGAUCUUUUACGUUGCCGCUGGGCAAACACGGCCUGACGAAAUUGUGGCUAACAUAGUAAGUGAAACAUUUCCCGUUCUAUUAUUUACCUGGGCACGUUUAUAG